AUCACUGCUCACGAUGUCUGGCAAAUCGUACCACACAUCAAACCCAGAAACAGAAGGUGCCAUCGACAGAAAUGUCCCUGACUUUCCUAUUGCCGGGCAAAGUGAAGAGGAGAGCUACUUCAGAACCCACCUGGCCCCCAGUUACUUGCCAGAGAUCCAAGCCCAAUUAGAGUCGUUUAUCGAAUACCACCUCAAGAAUACCGGUAAACGAAUUGCGUUGGUGACCAGCGGCGGUACCACCGUGCCAUUGGAAAAUAACACGGUACGAUUCAUCGAUAACUUUAGUGCUGGGACCAGAGGUGCCACCUCGGCCGAAUACUUUCUUGAAAACGGAUAUGCGGUUAUCUUCUUACACAGAGAGUUCUCAUUAUUACCAUACUCCAGGCACUACAGUCAUACCACAAACUGUUUCUUGGACUAUAUGGUGGAGAAGGACAAUAAGAUCGAAAUCAGCCCCGAUUUUGCUCCCGAAAUGUUGCAGGUAUUACGGAAAUACAAUGCGGCUAAAAGCUCUAAUCUGUUAAUAUUGGUGCCUUUCACCACCGUAAAUCAGUACUUGUUCACCUUGAGAAUGGGGUCAGAGGCCUUGAAGAAAAUGGGUAAGAACGCCUUGUUCUACUUGGCUGCUGCCGUGUCUGACUUCUUCUUGCCCCAACUGAGAAUGCCUCAACACAAGAUUCAGUCGCAAGCAUCUGGAAAAUUGAUUGUGGAUUUGGAGCAGGUUCCCAAGUUCUUGAGCCGGUUGGUCGACAACUGGGCUCCCAGGUCCAUGAUAAUUUCGUUCAAGUUGGAAACCGAUGAUCUGAUUUUGAUCAAAAAGGCUACUGCUGCUUUGGACAAGUACCAACACCAGCUAGUAAUUGGAAACUUGUUGCAGACUAGAAAGAAAGAAGUGGUGUUCGUCAAACCCGAUCUGUCACAGGACUGGGUGAGACUUACUGACAAGCAGGUCGAAACCAAUGUGGAAAUCGAGAGCUUGAUUAUACCAAAGGUUGUGCAAGAACACACCUUAUGGAUAAACUCCUAGUUUUAUAUUUAUAUUUAUUUACAAGAAAGAAAUGCCCACCCCAUACUGGAGACCUUUUCUGUUAAAGUCUCUUUCGUGUGCAGUCAAUGGCAACACAAAAUUCAACUCAAACCGGGCCAUUGGGUGGUUGUACAAUACUCCAAGUCCUAUACUGGUGGAAAACAGCCCAAAUAAAUUCCUCAAGUUCUGCUGAGGCAGUUGCGUGUGAUUAUAGAGCUGGAGAGCCCCGUAGUUGAAGAAGUUAUGCAAUUUGAAGUUGGAGUCAUGAGAUGUGUAUGGAAGUCUUGAUAUCAACGAAACUCCACCGUUCAAAAACGCAUCUCCUCCAAGUGAUUUCCCGUACGACUUGGGACCGAGACCGUUGAGGCUAAACGACCUCACAUCGUUGGGACCUCCCAUGAAGAACCGGUCAAGGAUGAAGGAUUCUUUGGCGGAGUGGAGAAAUCCAAACUUGUUGGUAAAAAUCAAAUGGCUCAGCACACCUAACUUCAGAGUGAACUGGGUUUCACAUAUGGUUUUGAUAAACUCAUGCGAACUGAGCUUCGUGAGACCCCCUAACUCAACUCCGGCCCGGAACAACUUGCCAGUGUUCGGGAGAUGCUUGUUAUUCCUGGUGUCAUAGAUAAAGUUAUAGCUGAGGGCACUCUUGAAGUUAUGACCACACUGGUUUAGGAUACUGAGGGAUUUGGCACUCUUGUUAUCGAGAAUCCUCCAGAUACUGCUGAGGCCAAUCUCGUGGUUAAUGGGUCCGUCGUACCUGGUGGAGAUCUUGGUGUUGAUACCUGUGUUCUUAGUUUCGCAG